AGUCAGCAGAAAAGUCAAGAUCAGCCAUCAAGAACUAGGGAGAGAAGUAGAGCGAGCAAUUAUUGGGUGGGCCGGGUGUGUGAGCCAUCGGUGCACCUAAAGCUCCGGAUGGUGCAAGUUCCAUGCGAACCCACUUGAAUCAAGGGCUGAGGUGGGUCGGGGGUGCACAUGCGCUCGGUGCACCUUGGGAAAUUGCUGAGCAUCGGGCUGAAAGAUUGCCAAGUGGACAAGAACUACAAGCAGCUUGAAAGGCUGCCGUGUUGAAGUGGUGUCAUGUGAGCAAGUUGACCUUGACUUGUUCAUUAGAAAACACGCAAAAGACAGCCUGUCCAAUAAGCAAAGGCCUUCGAACUUGACAUUUGGGGACAAAUGGAAUUGAUUACAGAAGCAGAUAAGAUAAAACGAGGAGGAGGAAUGAGAGAAAACCAAAGAUGAUUUAAUGUGGUCGGAACAGCAAGGAGCAGUAUGAACUCGCCUUGCCUCAGGGAGGCCUCAGAAGCAUGCUUUCUUGGUUGCUCCCCCUUUGCUGGCCUUCCAGGAGCUCCGGCCGAGAAGUCUUUGACCGGCGCCGCCGUGUUCCGGCAUGACUUCCUUAUUGCCACCACCUCCUCUCUCCACCCAAAUUCACAAUUCACUAACCACGAGUCCCUUCCUUCAUUGCACGAAUCGUCUUCUUUGUUUGCAAAUGCAUUUCCCCAAUAUGAACAGACGGAUAAGGCCGAUGAGAUCCGAGCCAAUGAAUAUCAUCAUCUCUCUUCGGCUAACUAUGUUUGUCUUGACUACACAGGUCUUGGCCUCUUCUCUUACUCACAGCAGAUCGGCCAUCUUCCUGCGACUUCGAUAGCCUCUUCCUCCUCUCAUCCUCCGCCAUCGCAUUUGUCCUCGCUGGAAUCGCCCUUCCUCGUGAUUUCAUACAAAUCAGUGAACUUGAGGUCACAGAUACUUCAUGGUGUCCAAGAAUCGGAAAUCGAAUCCAGAAUCAGGAAAAGAAUUAUGGCCUUCAUGAAUGUUUCGGAAUCUGAUUAUGCCAUGGUUUUCACUGCUAACCAGUCAUCUGCUUUUAAGCUUCUUGCAGAGUCAUAUUCCUUCCAUUCUAAUACUAAUCUCCUGACAGUGUAUGACCAUGAAAAUGAGGCAGUAGAAUUGAUGCUAGAGAGCGCGAGGAAGAGGGGUGCACACACCAGAUCAGCUGAAUUCUCGUAUCCGAGGAUGAGAAUCUGGUCAGAAAAAUUGAGGAAGAUGAUAAUUGGUAAUAAGAGGAACAGGAGAAGAAGAGGGCUAUUCGUUUUCCCGCUCCAAUCAAGAAUCACCGGGGCUCAAUAUUCAUACUCAUGGAUGGGAAUGGCACAGGAAAGAGGUUGGCAUGUUCUGCUCGAUGCAUCUGCUUUGAGACCUAAGGACAUGGACACUUUUGGCCUAUCUAUCUUCAAGCCCGACUUCCUCAUUUGCUCGUUCUACAAGGUUUUCGGGGACAACCCAUCUGGUUUCGCUUGCUUGUUCGUCAAGAAAUCGAGUGCUUCGAUCCUACGGGAUUCGGAUGCAGCUAGAAGUAUAGGGAUUGUGAGUCUCUCCCCCAUCACAACAUCUUUUCGUCAUUUUCAGGAAUCUGCUCAAGAAGGCAUCAGUCAGAGACCAAGUUCAGCAUUAUUUCAGUUGCAAAAAAAUGAUAUUAUAUCUGGAAUGGCGCCUAAAGAAAUGCAUUACGGAUCUCCCGAGUUGCAUUCAUCUGAAGUGGACAAUGUAACACCAGAGGCAGUGUCAUCUACUGAGAUUAAAGUAGUGUCAUCUACUGAGAUUGAAGAAGUAGAGACACCCUUUGAUUCCGUCAGAUCAAGAAUUACAGAGACCAGCUUUGAUGGGAGGUUGGAGAUCGAGUUUCGAGGCCUUGAUCAUGCAGAUAGAUUGGGCAUAAUACUUAUAAAUUGCAGAGCAAGGUACCUGAUCAACUGGCUUGUGAAUGCGUUGCUGAGCCUGAAACAUCCGGAUUCAGACACCGAGCUACUUCCCCUGGUCAUGAUUUAUGGGCCAAAGGUCAAAUUCGAACGAGGACCGGCGGUCGCGUUCAAUGUGUUCGACUGGAAAGGGGAGAAGAUCAAUCCUGUGCUCGUGCAAAAACUCGCCGAUAGAAAUAACAUUUCCCUCACUUGUGGAUUUCUGCAACAUAUAUGGUUUGCGGACAAGGAUAAGGAGUGGGAGAGGACGUUGGAGACCAGAACAAGUGUGGCGAAAGGGACGGAAUCAAGAAGGAAGAGGGACGACCGCCGCGGUAUAUCGGUCGUCACGGCUUCACUCGGUUUCUUGACCAAUUUCGAGGAUGUGUAUAGGCUGUGGGCAUUCGUUUCGAGGUUCUUGGACGCGGAUUUCGUCGAGAAAGAGAGGUGGAGAUACACGGCCCUGAACCAACAGACGGUCGAAGUGUGAAAUCAGAGUUCUGUCCGAAUCUUCUCCAACUCUUGGAAACAUUUUUUGUUCUUCAUUCUUCCAUUCUUUGAUUCAUCAUUCCUCCUGAGCAUAUGCUUUGUAGGCAGCCAGGUCUGAUUUGUUGAUCUAUAAACUUGUACUUUGAAGAACUUUUCUGUCAUAACAUAUAAAUUAAUCCGCCAAUAUGUUACAUUAA